AUGGCCGGUUACUUCCCCUCCUCACCGGCAACCGCCUACGCCGACAACACCCUCCCCUCGCAAGCCCACACUCUCGGUUUCUCCCCCGAGAAAACCUUCGUCUCGCCCUCCAAAGGCCAGCCCGACCUGCUGGCGCAGAUCCGCGGCGGCCAUGUCCCAGCCCUCGCAACGCCCUCGGCGCGCCAGCAGCUCGCCAACAACGCCCGGCACCCCAACGCGCGCAACGAAUUCACGCCCCUCCUGAAAAGCGCAGCUCGGAACCGCAUGCAGCGCGCGCUCGAUGAGCCGGGCUACUACCCUAACGGGAGACUGAAGACGCCGAAGGGGUUGAAGGGCGGGAAGAGUGCGAGCUCGCCGGCGCUGCCGGAGCCGAGUCUUAUGUAUGCGGAGGAUGUGGAGAGUAGUGCGUACGGAGAGGGUGAGGGCACGCCGAUGCCGCCGGCGAUCAGUAGUAGUGCUGUCAGUACGCCGAUGGCGUUGCCCCGAGGGGAUGGGGGAUUUGGGGCGGAGGGGGGGAAUGUUUUGACGUUGAGGGAGCAGGAGGCUAAGCUCGAAAAAAUAGACAAAGAAAACUUUGGCCUCAAACUCAAGAUCCACUUCCUCGAGCAAAACCUCUCCAAAACCGGCACGGAAGAAAACCAGAAGACCAUGCGCGAGAACGCGGAGUUGAAAGUGGACAAGUUCACGCUGCAGGCCGAGAUCAAGAAAUACGGCAAGCAGGUCAAGCACGCCGAGAACGAGUUGGACCAAUACAGACGCCAGCUGAAGGAGUAUGCGGAAAAAGUCAAGAGGCGGCACAUGGACGAGGGCAUGAGGGAAGAGAUGGACGAGCUGAAACGGGUAGCCGAGGAGAAAGCGGCAGAGGUCGAGGCGCUGCAGGAGCGGCUGGAGGCUAUAGAGGACAGGACACAAGAGAUGCAGGGGUUUCAAGACGAUGUCGGGGAUCUGGAGGCAGAGCUCAGAGAAAAAGAUAGGCUUGUCGACGAGAAGGACGAGGAGCUGGAGGCGUUGCGGGAGAAGUUGGCGCAGGCGCAGUCUAUUCAAGAGAAAGACGAUGUUGACCUCGAAGACAAGGAGCGUCUGAUCGAUGAGCAAGCCGAGCAGCUCAAAAGCCUUCGAGAGGAAGUGCGCAAGCUGAGACAAGACAAGGAGCAAGCGCUUGGUGCAUUGCAGGAUCAGUUGGACGCAUCCGAAAAGGCUAAAGCGGCAGAGCUCACCAGCAUGCAGCGUCAAAUGGAGUCAACGAAGCAGGCAAAGGAUGCGGAGUUGCAGAUGCUCAGGGAGGACCUGCAAUCCGCAGAAAGAGAAAGUAGCCUGAAGAUUAAGUCACUGGAGCGAAGGGUUCAGGAUGCUGAACACAACAAGCAGGACGAACUCGAAUCGCUUCAAGACAGGCUGCGACUGGCGGAGUCGAAGGGCGAUAACCAGGCUCAACUCGCUCAGCAAGCUGCCCGUGACGCCCAAGAUGCGCUGCGACGCGCCACCCGCGAGAAGGAUGCCGAGAUCGAGGCACUACAAACGAGUUUUGACGCCGCUGAGCGCGCACAAGACGAGCUCCAGAAGGCUCGACAGCAGUUGCACGACCAGGCCGAGGCCGCCAAACAGAGUCGCGCUGCAGAAGCCGCCCGAGAAGACGAGCUGCGGCAGCUUCGCGACACCGCCAAUGCACGUCAGAAAGAAAUCAAGACGCUCUGGCAGACGGCCGACAAGUACGACACCGCGCAGAAGGAGCUUCAGCAAACUCGCGAGGCGGUCAACGCCAAAGAUCGGGAGAUCAAGAAUCUGCGCAGCGCUGGCGAGAACCAGUCCGCUGCUAUCAAGGAGCUGCAAACCCUGCAAUCCAGCCUCCGCGACCGCGACCGAGAGCUUGCGGCAGUGCAGACGACCGUCAAAGCACAAGAAUCGGCGUUGGAGGAGCUGGAACAAGUCCGCAGAACACUGAACGAGCGCAACCGCGACCUCGAGAGCGUGCGUAAGAGCCUCGGUGAGCGGACAGCAGAGGUCGAGGUCCUGCGACAGACGAUGGACGAGCCUGACUCCCAGCUUGAAGCUGUCCGCCAUCUCGUUUCAGAUCGGGAUCACGAUCUCGAGACCCUACGCAAGGAGCUUAACGCGCGAGAUUCUGAUCUCGAGGCUCUUCAGAAGAAGGCAGACGAGCGACUCAACGCUGUAAACGCCCUCAAAGAAGAAAUGGCAACCACCAAAAAACUGCUGGAAGAGGAGAUCUCAGUCCUAGAAGACACGCUCGACAAGACCGAAGCCGAAAAUACCUCCCUUCUCACCAAGAUCUCACUUCUCGAAAGAUCUGCCGCCAGCUCGACAGAGCUGCAAUCCAAGCACGCCCCCUUGGAACGCGACCUGGCUGCCGCCGCUCGUGAAAAAGCCUCCCUCCAGUCCCAGAUCAGCGAUCUAGAGGCCUCUCUCGCCACCGCAUCCCACGACCGCACGACCCUCCAAUCCCGCCUCGAAAAACUAAGCAAAGAACUCCAUGACCUCCGCUCCAAUGCCGCCUCCGACCGCACCAUAGCCUCCGAGCGCGCAGAUCUGCACGACCUCCUUAAAGCCGCCAAGCUGGAUGCCGAGGACCUGGCAGCGCGCCUAACAUCCGCAGAGCAGGCGCGCGCGUCGCUCGAGUCCAAGCUUCGCGCCGAACUCAGGACGCAGAGCCAGAAACUGCAGACGGCACAGCUCGAGACCGACGAGCUGAAGCUCCAACUCGCGGAAAAGGACGGCGAGGUCUCGGCGCUGAAACUGCGCGGCCAGCGCGGCCCGGAUGCGGCGGCUAAAACGGCGACGUUGGCCAAGGACCGCGAGAUCAGGGAACUGCAGGCGCAGCUCCGGACGGUGGAGCUCGAGGCCGAAGACCUGGCUGCCCAGGCCGCAGAGCAGGAAAGUCAACUCCGCGCCUCGGCUUCGCAGCUCCAGCAGCUGAAGAGCGCGCACCAGAAGGCGGUGAAGGCGCUGCAGGCCGCCGCGGCGCAGCAGCAACAACAACACACGGCUAACCUGGACGAGGUGAUGGAUCUGAAGGCCGAGAUGAUGGACAAGGAGAAGAAGCACGCGCGGGAGCUGGGGGGGCUGGCGAAGCAGAUUCAGUACCUGAGGGCUAGUGUCAAGAGGGAGGGCGGGUUUAGGGAGGGCUUGGUGUGGGAGAAACGGUGGCUGCUCAUGCAGGUUGAGAUGUUUGGGGCUUGCAACAAAGCGGACUUGAAGCUCUUGGAGGAGAUGGGCAUCACGCCGGAUCAGUCGUUUAGGGAGAAGAAGCAUUCGCUGCGGACGGUUGGCUGGAUGGUUGUGGCGAGUGUCAGGAUGAAGAGGAUGCGAGAUGAGUGGAGUGGGAACAAGAAACUGCAUGAUUCGCUGCUGAAGAAGCUCGAGCAGGUUCGGAGACAGUCGAGGCGGAGCGUUGUGAGGUAG